GUCGCAGCUGCCAAACCUCACACACACACACACUCGCGUCUGGAGUCUGGGACGGCAGCAGAAGGGACACAAACGCCAGGAAGGGAUCCGCAUGCAACAUUUAGAUGCGUGUCCUUCCUUUUUAUGGUCUGUUUUGUCCUCGGUUUCUCUCACGGAGAUGGACGCAGCCGAGCGCAGGAUCGGAUUCGGGUUCCUCACCUUAUAAGGAUCAAACCCAGAAGAGCAGGAUCUCCUCCGUGUGGUAUUUGCGCGUUCGCGUCUUUCCCGAGCUUUGGAAUGUCAGGCUGGAAGCCGGAGUUUGAAGGCUUGAGGCGUGAGUUCAGCGCAGACGGGCCGACGGAGCCGCUGACCCCGAGAAGACCUGAAGCUCGGCUGCCAUGGGACGUCCAGGACUGAGAGGAGCGGAUCUUCUUUAGUUUGUCUUGAAGUUAACGUGAGUGGCGUUCCUGUCCAUGCCUGUCAUUACUCUCCAGGUCAAAGGGUGGAAUGUCGUGAAUGCAGCGCGGGACUCUUGUGUUGGCGGUGCGUCUCGUGCUGAUGGGAGCUGCUGCACCAUCAUGAGUUGCCAUGACGCCGGAGGGCGUCGCCGUUACGAGGACUCGGAGUUCACGUUGCGCGUGUAUCCCGGAGCGCUGUCCGAGGGCACCAUCUACUGCCCCGUCACUGCGCGAAAGGUCACGUCAGCGGCGGAGGUCAUCGAGCAGCUCAUCGAGCGGCUGCAGCUGGACCGGUCGCGGCUCUACGUGCUCGCCGAGGUCAAGGAGUUCGGAGGGGAGGAAUGGAUCCUGAAUCCGUGCGACUGUCCCGUACAGCGCAUGAUGUUGUGGCCGCGCAUGGCACUGGAGAACCGGCUCGGCGGCGAGGAUUACCGCUUCCUCCUGCGGGAGAAGAACCUAGACGGAUCCAUCCACUACGGAAGCCUGCAGAUGUGGUUGAGGGUGACGGAGGAGCGGAGACGGAUGGUGGAGCGCGGUCUUCUCCCGCAGCCUCCCGCCGGACAGUACGUGGCUGACCUCUGUGCCCUCCCGGAUCUAAACGAACGGUCUCUGCUUGAGAACCUGCGUGGACGCUUUCGGCAGGAGAAGAUUUACACCUACGUCGGCGGGAUCCUGAUCGUCGUCAAUCCCUUCAAGUUCCUACCCAUUUACAACCCGAAAUACGUCAAAAUGUAUGAUAAGCAUCAGCUGGGGAAGCUGGAGCCGCAUAUUUACGCGGUGGCGGAUGCGGCGUAUCACGCGAUGCUCCAGAGGAAGAAGAACCAGUGCAUCGUGAUCUCUGGAGAGAGCGGAUCAGGAAAGACCCAGAGCACCAACUUCCUGAUCCAUCACCUGACGGCGCUCAGCCAGAAAGGCUUCGCCAGCGGCGUGGAGCAGAUCAUACUCGGAGCCGGACCGGUUCUGGAGGCUUUUGGAAACGCCAAAACAGCCCAUAAUAAUAAUUCCAGCCGCUUCGGAAAGUUCAUUCAAGUCAACUAUCAGGAGAGCGGGACCGUCAGAGGAGCGUAUGUGGAGAAAUAUCUUCUGGAAAAAUCCCGGCUGGUUUAUCAGGAGCACAAUGAGAGGAACUAUCACGUGUUUUAUUACCUGCUGGCUGGAGCGAGUGAAGAAGAGAGAAAAUCAUUCCAUCUUCUCCAGCCGGAGGAGUAUCAUUACCUGAACCAGAUGACCCUGUCUGCCGCUCCUAACCGUCUGUCUGCCUUCCAGAUAACAAAGACAGUCCACAGACAGCACUGGGGGAAUUACUAUGAGACGGAGCUGGACUGUUUCACGGUGGAAGGAGAGGAUCUGAAGCAUGACUUCGAGCGGCUCCAGCUGGCCAUGGAGAUGGUGGGAUUCCUCCCGGCCACCAGAAAACAAAUCUUCUCUUUACUGUCUGCGAUCCUUCACCUGGGGAAUAUCCGGUACAAGAAGAAGACGUACCGGGACGACUCCAUCGACAUCUGCAACCCGGAGGUGCUUCCUAUCGUCUCCGAACUCCUGGAGGUGAAGGAGGAGAUGCUUUUCGAGGCUCUGACGACACGAAAGACUGUGACGGUGGGAGAGAGACUGAUUGUGCCGUACAAACUAGCAGAGGCGGGGACGGUGAGGGACUCGAUGGCGAAGUCUCUGUACGGAGCUCUGUUCGACUGGAUCGUCUUCCGCACCAAUCACGCGCUGCUCUACAACAAAGACCUGGAGGAUUCGGCCAAGAUCCUGUCCAUCGGGGUGCUGGACAUCUUUGGCUUUGAGGACUACGAGAACAACAGCUUCGAGCAGUUCUGCAUCAACUUUGCCAACGAGACGCUGCAGCAUUACUUCAACCAGCACAUCUUCAAACUAGAGCAGGAGGAGUAUCGGUCGGAGGGCAUCAGCUGGCACAUGAUCGACUAUAUCGACAACACAGCCUGCAUCAACCUCAUCAGUAAGAAACCCACGGCGCUGCUCCACCUGCUGGACGAAGAGUGCAAUUUUCCGCAGGCGUCUAAUCAAACUCUGCUGGACAAGUUUAAGCGUCAACACGAGGGAAGCGGCUACAUCGAGUUUCCUGCCGUCAUGGAGCCGGCGUUCAUCAUCCGCCACUACGCCGGGAAGGUGAAAUAUGGUGUCAAGGAUUUCAGGGAGAAGAACACGGAUCACAUGCGUCCGGAUAUCGUGGCUCUGCUGAAGAGCAGCCGCAGCGCUUUCAUCUGCAGCCUGAUGGGAAUCGAUCCCGUGGCCACCUUCCGCUGGGCCGUGAUCCGGGCGUAUUUCAGAGCGCUCGUCGCCUUUCGAGAGGCUGGGAAACGACACACGGAGAAGAAGAGCACGACGGGCUCUGACGGUCCAGUUCAGCAUCAGAAGAGUGUGGACAGCUUCAGUUUCCUGCAUCAUCCUGUUCACCAGCGGAGCCUUGAGAUCCUGCAGCGAUGCAAAGAUGACAAAUACAAUUCGUGCGUCAGCAGAAGGAACCCGCGGACGCCGCUGUCGGACCUGCAGGGCACAAACACGCUCAGCCAGAAACUGACCAGGGACGGGUUCUCAGGCUGUAACGCCCGUGGCUCGAGGUCCGAGCGCGUCUCCUCGUUCUCCUCCCAUGAGGAGGAGGGAAUCUUCGUGAACUCUGUGAACAACAAGCUUCUGGAGCGAGCGCAGGGCAUCCUGAUGCGAAACAAGAACUACAAGAUGAAGCCGAGCCUCCCGAAGCACCUGCUGGACGUGAAAUCCCUGAAGUAUCUGAGCUGCCUGACGCUUCACGACCGCAUAACCAAAUCCCUGCUGCACCUGCACAAGAAGAAGAAGCCGCCCAGCAUCAGCGCUCAGUUCAACGUGUCUCUGAACAAGCUGAUGGAGACGCUGGGACAGUCGGAGCCGUACUUUGUGAAAUGCAUCCGGUCGAAUGCGGAAAAGCUUCCUCUGCGCUUCAACGACGCGCUGGUGUUGAGACAGCUGCGGUACACUGGGAUGCUGGAGACGGUGAGGAUACGGCAGUCCGGAUACAGCGUCAAAUACAGCUUUCAGGAUUUUGCUCAUCAUUUCCAUGUGAUGUUACCGGCUGGAUUUCACGCCACUCAAGUGGCCAUCAGACAGUUCCUGCAGAACUCAGACCUCGAGCCCAGCGGGUAUCAAGUGGGCAGAAACAUGGUGUUUUUGCGCGAGCAGCUGCGUCAGAGGCUGCAGGACGAGCUUCAUCAGGAGGUGUUGAGGAGAAUCGUGUGUCUGCAGAGGCGCUUCAGGACGCUGCAGGAGAGAAAACACUUCUGCCGUCAGAGACAAGCCGCCCGUGUCAUUCAGCACUGGUGGCGUGACUGCUUGACUCGCGCAGACGAGGGUGCACGUGACUCUGAGCUCCAGCAGGGGGCAGCAGUGUGUCUUCAGGCAGCCUGGAGAAGCUACAGAGAGAGACGUCAGUACCUGCAGCAAAAGAGAGCGGUGCUGCUCAUCCAAAGAUGCUGGAGGAGAUUCCUCCAGAGGCGCGAGAGAGCGGCAGGCCUCAUACAGGCCGUCUGGAGGACGCACAGACAGAGACACAGAUUCCUGCAGCAGCGCAGGGCCGCCGUCACGCUACAGGCCGCCUGCAGGGGGCGCCAGGCUCGUCAGCGGUGCCACACUCUGAGAGAGCAGCGACAUGGAGAGAAAUCCCUCAAUGAUGAAGAGCAUCCAAACACUGUGACCAAAAGUUUGCACAUCCCUCAAAACACAACCGUAGAGCUGUCAGAGCAGUUUGAGGAGGUACAGGAAAAGCAAUCCACCGAACCUCCUAGAAUCGUUGACGACAGCACACUGAAGAGCCGAUCCAAGCGAGAAAGCAGGAGGCAACGGGAACUCGAGCAGGCUACCUUCAGUUUAGAGCUGCUCAAAGUCCGGUCCAGUUCAGCGUCAAUCUCGGAGCCAUCUCAAAUAAUGGACUCCUCGCUUCCCGCUCAAAUCCCUCUCUCCAAACAUCUUACUUCCUCUCCUCAGGCCUCCACAGAUAGCCAGGAAAGCUUCGAGCUCCUCCACACUGAGUUGGCCACGUCCGAAUGUCAAGUUUCCGAACCCGAGCCAAUGGAUGAGAUCCAAACCAGCCCACCGUCCUUCAAACCCCACUUCUACAUCGCCGAUGAUGACGACAGUUCGCUCAAAAGUGCGCCGCAGACGCCGACCCGCACCGAGAAGAAGGAGUCAGUGGUGGUCAUCAUCAGCAUGCAGAAGGAAGAUCCUGUAGACCAGAGCAGUCUAGAAGCUCUGGAAAGACUUGAGAUGGAAGCGGAGGAGAUCCAGCAGGAAUCGCUCUCGAAUGGAGCUUCCGCUCUGGAUCAUCCAGAUGUCCAUUUGACCCCUGAACCUCAAGCCAAUCAUGGCUUGGUCACUUCAACCCCCUCCAAACCCCUCCAGCUGGACUUGAGGGGAGCAGCGGCAGUGACUUCAGAGCCCAUGAAGGAUGUUCCGAAGAAGUUUGUUUCUCAAAGCAUCAGCAUAAGUAUGAAAGAGAAAGCUAAUCUGGCCUUCUCUCCCAAGCGCAGCCGUCUCACCUUCUCCAAGUCGGACAAAGACCUGGUGAAUCAGGAACGGUCACUGGCGAUCCAAAGAGAAGCGGGAUUCAGAUCACUAAAAAACAGAGAGGUGACCGGAGCCGGUCGUAAAAAGAAAGCGCGCAUGGCCGGGACGCGCUCUGAUUUCCUGACCCGUGCCUGUAGCACGGAGGUCGAUUCUGAUGAUGAUGAGGAUGACGAAUACGAGUACACGCCUGUGCUCUCUCACACCCUGCCUCUCCCAGAAUCCCCCAGUUCACCCGACACCGACCCGGCCUGCCACAGCGACUCCGAGAUGUCGUCUCAGAAAGAGCAGAAGAGGAUCCAGAAGACCAUGUCCUCAGGGGACCUUGGGAAAAUGGAUUCGCUCAGGAAGUCCAUGUCACACACAGAUAGCAGGGUCAGAGGCAAAAUGCGCUUCUGGAGUAAGAGCAAACAUGGAGAUAAGAAGAUGUCCAGCAGGGGGCGCUCAGAUGACUCAGAGCUCGCCGAUGGGAGGAACGACUCUCCUCCUGGAAGCCCUGAGCAUGCUGGUCUAUCUGAGCGCGGACGGGACAGCAAGGAGAACCGCGAACCAAUAAUGGGAAUGAUGUCGAUGAAGAGGAGACGUAGUUUGAAGAUCAGCAGCGUUUCUCUAGAACCUGCAGCCUGGCAGAACGACUCCCUGCACAUCCUCACCAGCACCGCAGACUAUCGCAGCAUGAACGACUUCCUCAUGAAGAAGAUUGGCGAUCUUGAAGCUGAAGACGGUCAGAAGGACACACCUGUGGACGUGGUGUUCAAGAAGGCCCUGAAAGAGUUUCGCCUCAACAUCUUCAACUCCUACUCUACUGCUCUGGCUAUGGAUGAUGGCAGGAGCAUUCGUUAUAAAGAUCUCUACGCUCUGUUCGAGCACAUUUUGGAGAAGAGCAUGCGUCUAGAGCAGAGAGACUGGAGCGAGUCGCCUGUUAAAGUCUGGGUCAACACGUUCAAAGUCUUCCUCGAUGAGUUCAUGACCGAACACAAGCCAAUGGAUGGAACCAUUAGUAAGGCUCCUAAACCUGAGAGAAAGAAGAGGAGGAAAAAGGAAUCAGACACUGUGGAAGAGCACAUGGGUCACAUCUUUAAAUCCACUCAGUACAGCAUCCCGACCUACUGCGAGUUCUGUUCUUCUCUCAUCUGGAUGAUGGACAAAGCGUGUGUCUGCAAGCUCUGUCGCUAUGCGUGCCACAAGAAGUGCUGUCUGAGGAUGACUACCAAAUGCAGUAAGAAGUUUGACCCCGAGCUGUCUUCACGGCAGUUUGGCGUCGAGUUGUCUCGUUUAACGAGCGACGAGAGAGCCGUCCCGCUGGUGGUGGAGAAACUGAUCAACUACAUCGAGAUGCACGGCCUCUACACUGAGGGCAUCUACCGGAAGUCUGGAUCCACCAAUAAAAUCAAAGAACUCAAGCAGGGACUGGAUACCGAUGCGAACAGUGUGAGUUUAGAUGACUACAACAUCCAUGUGAUCGCAAGUGUCCUGAAACAGUGGCUGCGUGACCUUCCUAACCCCCUCAUGACCUUUGAACUUUACGAGGAGUUCCUCAGGGCUAUGGGUCUGCAGGAUAAACGUGAGGUGGUUCAGGGGGUUUAUUCGGUCAUUGAUCAGCUCAGCAGAACUCACCUGAACACACUGGAGAGACUCGUAUUCCACCUGGUCCGGAUCUCAUUCCAAGAGGACACAAACCGCAUGUCUGCAAACGCGCUGGCCAUCGUGUUUGCACCCUGCAUACUGCGCUGUCCCGACACCACUGACCCAUUACAGAGCGUCCGGGACAUCGGCAAGACCACUGCGUGUGUGGAGCUGAUCAUCUGCGAGCAGAUGAGGAAAUAUAAAGCUCGUCUGAAGGACAUCAACACGUUGGAGUUUGCAGAGAGCAAAGCCAAGAGUCGCCUGACGCACAUCCGCCGCUCGAUGAAACCAGUACUAAUUGCGGUUAGGUUUAUUGGCAUUACAAGAACUGCCACCCUGCCAAACACAGUUAAAAAGGGUAAGGCCCGUUUACGCAAGAGCGGUCGCCACACGCCCUCGCCGCCCUUGAGCCCUCGGAUGACGGAAAGGGAGGAGUCGGGUGAGGAGGGGGCGGAGUCUGGGCUAAGUGAGCAGCAGCAAGCGGCCAUGCAGCAAGAAGAGAAAGUUUUGACUAUGCAGAUAGAAAACCUGCAGAAAGAGAAGGAAGAACUAACCUAUGAGAUGUUGGCUUUGGAUCCAAGAGCGUCCGAUGAUGAGAUGCUGGAGUCGGAAGCAUCUAUUGGAACAGCAGACAGCUCGGAAAACCUCAUGGAGUCAGAAGGUGCCGUGUCCGAUCAAUGGGAUAAAGCCAUGAUCUGCGAUGAAGAGACGCCGGUGUUUUUUGACCUGGAGACCACUGGACUGGACACGUCUGCAUGUGAUAUCGUGCAGCUGUCGGCCAUCAGCGGGGACCGGACGUUUAACGCGUACCUCCUGCCCCGCUGCAGUAUGACGGACGGCGCGUCUCGAGUCACGGGUCUGACCGUCGACGGUCAAUCUCUGCUCUUCAACCGGCGUCCCGUGCGCACCGUCCCUCACAGACGCGCUCUGACCGACUUCAUCUCCUUCCUCAAGACCUUCAACAGACCCUUUCUGGUAGGACACAACAGCAAACGCUUCGACUGGCCCAUCCUGACGCGCGUCCUGGAGGAUUUCUGCCUGCUGGAGGAGUUUGAGAGCGCGGUGUCGGGAUGUGUGGACACGCUGGGACUGAGCAGAGAGAUGUUUCAGCUGCAGAAAUACUCACAGCCCUUCCUCGUCCAGCACUUCCUGCGAGAGUCGUACGGCGCUCACGACGCCACCGAGGACGUGAGGACACUGCAGGAUCUCUACUGCGUCUGGAAGCCCAGCGAAGAUCUCGUGAGGAAGCACAAAAUAAGCCUGUGAUGCCACAGAUACUCGAGGAAAGCGUUUUUAAAGGAAUGAUCUAGUUGCACUAAAUGUAAAGAUUCAAUAAUAUAAACGGUGCCUUUUUAUCUUUUUAUAAUGAAAACGUUACAUAUUUUGGCUGAUCAUCUGAUGCAAGCAGCCAUCCAUAACUUAUGGUUUCAUAUCAUUUUCAUCAUCUCAUAUUUCUAAUUGUGUAUUAUUGAAUUUGCAACAAUAACUGCAGUAUGUCCAGCUUUCUUAUUUUCCACUGAAAGUAUAUAAAGUGUUUCAUAGGAAUGUUUACAUUAUUUUAUGUUCAUUGACUAAAUCAUCUGUAAAUUAUGGCACAAUAUUUAAAAAAAAUUGUAUUUGUGUUAAGCUUUUUUUUUUACAUUUCGGUUUUAAAAAAUUGCAUUUGUUUCCUUAAGUUUUGUGUUUCGGUUUUAUUUUUUUAUUUUGGAUCUAAUAUCAGGUUCUGGGUUUUGGGAUCCAGUUUCACUUCCCUUUCUUUAUCUCAGGUGUCAGAAUGAAUAUAACUCUCAGAACUUCAUUUCAACAUUGUCACAUAUUGACGUUUAUUUAGUGACUGGAACCAUUAAAUAUGAGCCAUUAUAUGAAGCUGCUAAAUUUGCUUUUACCUGGGUUUAACUGUUAAACUGUAAAAUUAUUACCGUUGGUCUCACUUCAUUAAACUUCAUAUUUAUGACUCA